UUGAUAUUCGAAAUGACAAGUAUAUUUAAUUUCAAAUAUUUAAAAAAAAAUGUAUAAAUACUUCAUCCAUAUUGACAACAUUAACAUGUAUGCAUACCGUCUUUCAUUCACGUUUAAAAAUAUGGGCACUCUUUACUUUUUCAAAGAAAAAAUAAUAUAUUACAACGGAUUUAUUUUAUCUCAGAGUGAUAGAUUAAGUUUUAUGCAUAAACAUUGUUUUAUGUUAAAGCGAUAGAAAAGUUUUUCAUCUCCCCGUCACACUCAUAUUGUUUGGAGCUAUUUACGUGUGCUCUUACUUGUAAAGUUUAGUUUGACACAUGUUUAUUCAUGUGAGGUUUGUACAAACGUGAGUAAAAUAAAUAUUAUUUCGGUAACCACUCAUUGUCCUUUAUGGUACAUGAAAAUGUACAAUUUAUAUGUAAGCACCCGAAUAUAUGGCAAUAUCGCGUAACACGUUCUGUUGGAAUGCGUUUCUGCAUAAAGACCAUCACACAGCUCAUUGUAACUGCAGAUGUCGCUUUUUCUAAAAAAAAAGUCUACAAUGGCCCAAAUACGGACAAAGAUAUGUUAUAUUCACACUGUUGAAUAAUUGAAGGGUUACAGCAAGUUCUUAAUAAAUUUAAAGGCGGCCCCAGCUAUUGUCAAAGUCGCGUUAUAUACUGAUGAACAAUACUGGACACUAAGCACGUUCUUAAAUUCCAGCACUGACCCACAAUUUGUCAAAGAUAUGUCAUACAUACAAAUAAAAUAAUAGAGGCCUAACAAAUUAUUAAAAUUAUGUCAAAAAUAUAUUUUAUAUUCGUGAAUAGUAGAAGGGAUUUUGGGGAUUUGGUACAGGGAAAACGCAUUCGAAAGAAACCCUUCCGAAAAUUGGAUAUACUGACCAAUAUUUUUCUUCCGUUCUCUAGGAAAUGCCAGAAUGCCUUAAAAUAGGCCGUGACCCUUUUAUCUUAAACAUCUGCCGCUUUAUGCAUUCAGAAUUUACCAUAUGCUAUUCUAUGCUUCUCCAUUUUAUAAUGAGUUUGUACAGCGUCUUAAUGGAAAACCAUAAUUAAUUCUUCCUGAGGUACCCUGAGGACGAGGACGAAAACGUUUAUGAAAACGGUGUUUUUCCCAUUCAACAAUCUGGCAAGUUUCGUAGCCCGAGAAGAAUUCAUUAUACUUCAUCGCCGUGAAAGCUUCAGAUUAUAAUUGAAAACCAACCAACAACCAAGAGGUCGACGUACAGAAGGCCAGAAAGCAACGCCGAAGAACCGAUUUUACCGAGUGCCCAACAAGUCACUGUACCGUUUAUUAUCCGUGUAUGGAUCACGUAGUUUUUUGCAGGUCGCCAGUCUUUCGUGACAUCUGCGGUGGCGUUGUUGAGAUCGGGGCUUCGUGGGUAUUGCGCCCAAGUGCAGCCACUGGUAUUUAUGCAUCACCACAGUUUAGUCAAUUCGGGACUGCGUGUGGGUCACGGUGGUUGUGACGGGAUGUCUGAGGACUCCGAUCAAUCAGUAGAUUUUGGAAUGAUUUCUUGAGGAAUUCAUGCACAGUUAGCAGGAAAUGGGCUGGAGUACCAUCUUGCUGAGCCACUUCCCUAUUCAUUACUUGUAUAACAUUUUUGGAUUUGGUGUAGCGUUCAAAGUACAAUUGUCGCAAAAUAUUUCCGAGCUUCGUGAAGACGGGGAAGCGAUAGUGCUUGGGACAGAGAUUACACCGACGUACAGGAAAUCCAAUUUGUGCUUAGAUUCGCUGGCUAGAAAACUGUUCGCCCACGCCGGCCCACUUUUAUUACAAGGAUGCUUGGUUCAUUACAAGUGGUUACUAAAUAACCAGAAUAAGAAAUAUUGGAGCAAAGCAAAUCCUUUGGCUUUUCAUUGUGCCACUUCAUGAUAUAAAAGUUGGGAUUUGAUGAACAUUUAGUGCGCGGAAGAUAACAGGCGUUUUGUGCAUGGACAAAGAAACACAAACUGCGAACAAUUCUGUAUUUGCGUUAGAUAAAGUCUUCGGCGAACGAGUCAUAAGUCUGGAAUUGUGGCCUCCGCGAUCACCGGAUAUAAACCCUCGUGACUUUCAUUUGUGGGGCACGCUGAAACAAAAAGUGUAUAUGAACCAUUCUACACUCUUUGGAAGAACUACAAGCACAGAAAAGUUCUCAUGAUGCGAGGCGUGUUUAGAAGCAGAGGGUCGUCUCUUCGGACUCUUCAUAAAUAAAGUUUAAAACUACACCAGAAACGCCGGCCGUGAGUAGCGGGUUGUCGCUUAGGGGAAAGGCGAGAAACGUGACGUGUCAGCUGCGAUAUAAAAAAAUCUGAGGUUAUUUUGGCGUUAAAAUAUAUCGUAAACCAAGUUUUGUAAGCUGUUAUGUUGUACUAUUUUUUAAAGUGGACAGAUACGAAAAUCCACGAGAAAAUCAAGUUGGUGGGAUUCAUUUCCUGAGCACGACUGUUUCACGCGUUGAACAUGAAUACAAAAAUGCUUAACAAUUUCUUUGUGAGAGCGUAAUGGCCCGGGGAAGCCCAAAUAUUCUAUAUAAGUUUUGAUUGUUAUCAUUUGAAUCAGGCCCGAAUAUUAUAUGCACCAGGGCCGUGAACCUAACCUAACUUUCAGAACUUUGAGGACAAAAUGAAGAAACGGGAACAAGGACAAAUACAUUAGUGACGGGCACGAGGCAUAAAUAAACUUCAGAAGGUUUACCAACGUAGAAGUAACUUGGUAAAAGAUUAGAUUGGUAAUCUGCAUGCAGAUUCCCAAAAUACUUUGAACACGUGGAAGAGUUACUUUUGUGAACUGCUAAAUGUACAGUACAUGGGCUUUACAAUGCUAGGCAGACUUCAGUACUACGGUUGGAUCCUUCGUACUAGAACCACGCUCUUUUGAGAUUGAGGUUGUCAUUAAAAAGUUGUAAGGGCAUGUAUCAUCAAGUAUUGACUAAAUUUCGGCUAAACUGAUCCAAUCAGGCGGUAAUGCAUUACCUUAUGAGAUCCACAAACUCAUUAAUUCUAUUUGGAUUAAGGAAGAAUUUUCAGAACAGUGAAAGAAAUCUGCUAUUGUACCUGUUUAUAAAAAGUAUGAUAAAGCUAACUUCAGGAAGUAUUGAAUAAUAUUAUAAUCAAUUACAUAAAAAUUUCAUUGAAAUUUAUUCUGUAAAGUUUAACGCCACACGCAGAAGAAAUUACUGGGUAUCAUCAGUGUCUAUUUCAACGAUCAGCUGCCGACCAGAUAUUUUGCAUUCACGAGAUAUUAAAGGAAAAAAUGGAAGUACAGUGGGCCUGUACAAUAGGCGUUCAUAGACUUGAAGAAACCUGAUGUUUCAGUUAGGAGGAAAGUAUUAUUCAACAUUCUCAUUGCAUUCGGUUUACAAAUUACACUUCCCAGGCUAAUUAAAAUGGAAUGUCUAGUAACGUUCGUAUGAAUAAACAUUUGUCUAGUGCAUUUCCUCCUAUUCAGAAUUGUCUGAAACAAGGAGAUGGCUUGUCAUCUUUGCUUUUCAACGUCAGCUCAGAAUAUACCACCACAAAGGCCCAAAAAUAAGGGGUUGGAAUUGAAUGGGACACAUUAGCGUCUGGUCUACUUUGAAGAUGUUAAUUUAUAGGGUGAAAACACAAAUAUAACAAAGAAUAGCUCAGAAAUGCAGUGUUGGGUUUGUAGAACUACUUUCAAACACCAGAACGGUUUACAAAGGCGCAAUUAAAACUGCACAUAUAGAAGGUUAGAACGUAUCACUUACUGUCUUGGUACAGGCAUAAGCAAAAUACUUCUCUUACGAGCUUCCGUUAAAAGUAGCCCGUAACGGUCACUGCAGAAAUCUUGGUCAUCUCUUACUAAAAACAUUUAUCUCCAGCUUCAGUUCUUGACAGCAAGUCUUACAGUGGAGUCCACGGUCAAAUGCGUCUCGAAUCGCUAAUAAAGCUACUAUCGAUUUCAUAGAAUUGUGAUGUCACCAGCACACCAAGUUGUUUGCCCAUGUUCAUACGGCUUUUACUUUGCUGUUUACGGGUUGUUUCUACGACUUUAUGGCAGACCGACAACAAAGUAUUGUGAUUGGGCGGGGGGUGGGGUCACAGGCGCGCAACUUCUGUAAUUGAUUUUAUGUCAUAGGCUUCUGCCGUGAUUCGGUCACUUACUUCUGAGUUUUGUUGGCAUUACUGAGCCACUGAGAACAAGAAGAGAACAGAUACAUCUUUCCAGAUUUCAAAUACUUGUCUAUUACUUCUCUAUGUCAAUACUAGUCAUAAAAUAAUGAUUAAGUAAAAUACUCCCUAACUCUAAUCUAGAAGCAAGGGACAAAGAUGGUUCUCGAAACGUUUUCUUUAAUAAACCACCUGACACGGCUGGUAACCCGAGAGUAAUAAAUAUUUCUGUGUAUUCCUUUCUUCAUUAUCAAACUCUUAGUAGUUAAACAUAAAAACGAAAACAUUGACAAAUUGUGGAAAUGUCUGUCAAAGUGAUGAUUGCAACAAACAUCAAGAUUACAGGGUAUUUCUCAAGAUUUUUAAUUUUAAUGAAGGAAGCAUUAUUGCACACGUUAUUUAGGAAUAUAUGACACCUUUAGAUAAUAAAACGGAAAGCAAUGCAGCCGUGUACACUCAUGCUCAUAUUCCGCACAACGGAACCGUAAAACAUUAGCAAUUGGUGAUUUUGAGAGACGCUUAUUUAGUACAUGUAAGGCCCUACACUAAAAUUUAUUUUUGCCUUGUGCCGAAAUUGAAACAUAGGCUUUUCCCCUCUAAGAAAAAUUUGGGAGAUAUUGUUUUACAGGGAUAAGAGAGGAGGGGGCUGUGUUACCAUUUGUCAUCUCAGUAUUUUAAUUUUAGGAGAUUCGAAUAAGUAAUUUUAAUUUUAUUAGUUCUAAACAUUGAUUCAAAGCUCUUUUUAUAAAUCAAGUUUAAACCGGAAAUUAUAACAAGUUUUUAUGGUUAUAAAGGAGAAACCUGUAGUAAAAUAACUUACACACAUUUGUAUACUAAACAUCUUUCAAAAGUAUGAAACUUGAGUUAUUAUGUUUCAGACUGCGAUACAAUUAAAGCAAUUACAAAUUCAUUAAAAUGUUCAGUCUUUUAGUAUGCAUUGUUUAAGACUUACGAAAGAAACAUACCAAGAAGUCACAUAACAUGGCUGUUCUCAGCUUACAUUAGCGAUUAUUUGUUCAGCGUUUCCCUUACCUUGCCCAUUCUUUAAUGCCUUAAAAAGUUCGAUUUUUGUUUAACCAGUGAACGAUGACGUAAGAGCUGUGUUAGCACGCAUGCUCAGAAGCGUCCAUUAUUGACCCGGCUUCGGGCGUGAGAUGUAGUCUGUUCGUACUUGGGUCUAGUCUUGGCUAGUAAAAUUUCUUGUGGCUUUUAGCUGAAAAUAAUAACCAGUUAAGAAAUCGGAUUUUUCUCAUCAAGGAAGUUAAGUGUAGUCAUCAGAGAGUCGUAAUGGUCAGCACAACAACAGAUGAUGGACCUGAAAUCAAGGCCAUUGACACAGUAACGACGCCUGCGCUGGUAGGCAUCUGUCUGGGCGCGACAUUGUUCCUCGUCACUGUUGCUGCGGUCACGUGCUUUUGCUACCGUCGUCACUCGAAGCUCGUGCAAAGUGGCAAGAAGGGAGUCCGAGGAGGUCCUGAAAAACCCCUGGCUCUUCAGCAGCAUCGGCGUCCCACAGCCGUGAAGAGCCCAGCGGGGUCUGCUGGGACCCACUACCUCAAGAAGAGCCCCAGUCCCACCGGAAAUGCGCGUAGUCCUCCAGGGCCUGGUGGAUCUGGAACACCAAGUCCAACAGUAGGUCACUUGUCGCCGCCACAGUCGAGCUGCAGCCCAGUGACUGAGACGACAACUGGUGAUGAAGUCCCGAAGGAAACCUUUCACACAGAGAACGAACUGCACGACAAGCCCACGACCCCAUCCAAGGAGGAGAUUGAAACGAAUGAGAAGAACCUGGCUUGCAGUGAGAGCAGUGUUGGCAAGUUGGGACAGCUCGUCUUCAAGCUAAGGUACAAGAGUGAGAAGAAUGCUCUGGUGGUGAGUGUGGUGAAAUGUCGUGAUCUCCCAGCAAAAGAUCCAAAUUUGGGCAGUAGUGAUCCCUAUGUUAAACUUCAACUCUUACCUGACAAGCAGCAUAAAGUGAAAACCCGUGUCUUACGCAAGACACAUAACCCUGUAUACGAUGAGGACUUCACCUUCUACGGCAUCAACUUCAACCAGUUGCAGAGCAUCACGUUGCACUUUGUGGUGCUGAGUUUUGACCGCUAUUCUCGAGAUGACAUCAUCGGAGAGGUGUUCUGCUCUCUGGGCACAGUUGACCUCUCCCAGGCUGAAAACCAGAACCUGACUCUGUGUCGCGAGAUACAUCCUAGGAGCCUCAAGAUCCGCGCACAGGGCCGCGGUGAACUACUGGUGUCAUUAUGCUGGCAGCCUGCGGCAAACAGGCUUACAGUCGUCGUGCUCAAGGCUCGCAAUCUGCCGAAGAUGGACGUCACUGGAUUAGCAGAUCCGUAUGUGAAGAUGUACCUGUUGUACAAUAGCCAGCGAAUAGCCAAGAAGAAGACGCAUGUGAAGAAACGGACAUUGAAUCCUGUGUUCAAUGAAUCAUUUGUGUUUGACAUCCCUGUGGGUGCUGAGGGUCUAGACAAUGUGAGCCUUGAAUUUCGAGUCACAAAGAAUGAGGUAAUUGGACGAUUGGAGCUGGGAGCAGCCAAGAGUACAGGAUCUGCAUUGCAUCACUGGAAUGAGGUGUGCAACUCCCCUCGGCGUCAAAUUGCGGAGUGGCACAAGCUGCGAGAGUAACUACCUUUAGUGACAAUAUUAUUAUGUAGAACAUCUCUAUGGUUCCCAUCAUCUGUAAUAAAUACUCUUGAAGUAAUUUAAUAUAUAUUGCUUGCGAAUCAUGUGGUCUUGUAAGAUUAUCUCACAAAAUACCUGAGUUUGUAAAUGAUUCAAAAUGUGAAGACUGGACCUACAUGUGUAUAUAAGACUUGACUGACUAGUUUGUUUCCAGAGCAAAAUAUUAGACCAAGUAAAAACCCAUGAAUAUUCAAUACAGUGGUUGGGCAUGGGCCCUUUUGUAAAUAGUGUUUGUACCAUGACCUUGCCUUCUUAGCCCUCUUCCUACUCAGGACUAGUUCUGGUAAUUCUAACCUAUGACUGAGCUUUUGUAGUGACGAGUACACUUUUACAGAAUGUUUGUGAGUGAUAUGUAUAUGUUAUAGGCUUCAAAACUGCUAAGCUGCAUUUCCUGUGCUUUUAAAAACAUAAAAGCUGCUUUUAAAAAUGAUGCGUGUAUGAGCAAAUAUCCUCGAUAGAUUUAAGUUUUUGGCUUUUUAUGAUUGCAGUCAUGAUUCAUAAUUUUGGAUGGUGAAAGAGAGAAAUAUUUUAGUGGGAACAUUGAUGUAUAAAGUAGCAUAAUCAUAACCAGAACCAACCCUGUAUGCUUUAAACAUCACGUCAAGCUUUCCAUCUGCUGAUACCCUUUACGUAAUAAUGUUGGUGUAUGUAUUAAUAUUGUACUACAGUACUCAACAACAGGUGUUGGAAGAACCCAUUUUGUGACAGUGGAAACAAAUGAGUUUUGCUAUGUGUUACUUAUACAUGUAGGUCUUGAAGAGAAUUGUAAUAAGAACCAAAGAAAUGAA